AAUAUAAAAGAAGAACACAGGAAACGGCAAGGAAAAGAGAGGAGAGGAGAGAGAGAGAGAGGGGGUAAGAAAGAGAGAGGUAUUAAAUUGUUCAUUUCUCUCCCUCCGUCUGCCAUCCAGGUUGCAGGGCUUAUUGCUCGGUGCAUGUUGGAGAGAGAAAGAUAGAGCGAGGGAGAAAGAUAGAGGCGGGAGGAGCGAAGGUGGAAUGCCCCUUUACAUGCGUCGCAUCUGACUAAAAUAGCCCAUAUCGGAAAUCGGACAGAGGAGGGAGGCAGCGGUUUCUGCAACGCUAAGGUGGAGGUGCAGAAAGUCAAACAUAGUCUACGCAAAUAUUGGGACGACUUAAAAGAUGUGUGGGAGGGGCCAGUGAAGCUGAUGUGAGCCUCCGUUUCCUGUUGAAGCUUCCAAGAGCUCAACCCUGGUUCCAACUUAAAGGACAGUGAGAGGAGGGAUGGGUGCCGCUCUGUUAUACAUGGGCUCAUCGGUCCAGUCUCUGUGAUCCAGUCACACAGACAACCCAUAAAGCCUCUGACAUUCCUCCCUUAAUGCCGUCGCUCCCUAGGCUUCCUCCACCUUCUCCUCUCCGGUUGUCAAAACACACCUCUUAAAAGAAGAGGGCUGGUUCCCUGUUUAACAAAGUGUUGCCUAAUUGGAGAAGGUGGUGAGUGCUGCGCUGUCAUUGGCUGACUGCUAGUCAAAGUGCGAUGCAGAUUGGAGGAUGUCGGGUGACUGGGAUGAUGACAUGUGCAAGAAGGCGCUGAUGUUGUUGGAGGAGCUGUGCUACUCCCAGAGAGGCAACAGCCAGAGCAAAAGCUGCCAGGAGUUCAGCUACCUGCAUAGAGGACGCAACAUUCAGCUGGAACCAGAGAUCUCUGUUAGUUUGCUGUCAGUCAUCGUGACAUUUUGUGGCAUCGUCCUCCUCUCCGUCUCCUUAUUUGUCUCAUGGAAGCUGUGCUGGCUGCCAUGGCGGGACAACGAGGGUGGAGGCCUGAGUCUGACAUCGGGCCUGCUGCCUGGAACUGCUGGUGUCGGAGGCCUCGGCACUGGGGGGUCGUCACUGUUACCCUCUUUGCUGCAGAGGAAGGAGGGCCACUCGUCCUCCUCUCUUUACCCCUCUCUGGGCCAGCAGAGUCAGCACCAUCCCCACUUCGCUGACCUGGUGGGCCUGGAGAGGGGGGAGAUCGGAGGUGUUGGCAUGGGUCCAACUGAGACCCAGGAACCUUCCUACCUGGACAUGGACUCCUGCCACAACAAUGCUGGAACUCUGAAGCUGAGUCAGACGUCUCCCGACGUCCCCAACUCCGAGGGAGGAGCCCACCCACAAAAAGAGCUGCCCAAUGCUCAUUCCCAACAGCAGGUCACCCCACGGCCCAAGCCCAUGACUCAACAGCUCUCCAGUCCUGAUUUCCAUGGUGAAGAGAAAGAGCAGGUGACCAGUAUUGGGCAGAUCAAACCAGAGCUCUACAGACCAAAGGGUGACCAGGGUGAGGGCAAACUGGGCGACACCUGCGGCAAGAUCAGCUUUCUCCUGCGUUAUGCCUUUAACACGGAGCAGUUAGUGGUGAAGAUUCUGAAAGCCCUGGACCUGCCAGCAAAGGACGCCAACGGCUUCUCUGACCCUUACGUCAAGAUCUACCUACUGCCAGACAGGAAGAAGAAAUUCCAGACCAAGGUUCACAGAAAGACCUUAAACCCAGUCUUCAAUGAGACUUUUCAGUUCGGCGUGCCGCUGAAUGAGUUACAUUCCAGGAAGCUGCAUUUCUCCGUCUAUGACUUUGACCGCUUCUCCAGACACGAUCUGAUUGGUCAGGUUGUGGUAGACAACUUGCUGGACUUCAGUGAGGGCAGUGGCGACAAACCUGUCUGGAGGGACAUCGUAGAGGGCACCGCGGAGAAGGCUGAUCUCGGGGAGCUUAAUUUUUCGCUGUGUUACCUGCCAACCGCUGGCAGACUCACUGUCACAAUCAUCAAGGCCACCAACCUCAAAGCGAUGGACUUGACCGGCUUCUCAGAUCCCUACGUAAAAGCCUCACUGGUGUGUGACGGGCGGAGGUUAAAAAAGAGGAAGACUUCCAUUAAGAAGAACACACUAAACCCCACGUACAACGAGGCGCUGGUGUUUGACAUUCCUAAUGAAAAUAUAGAAAGCGUUUCCAUCGUCAUUGCAGUGAUGGACUAUGACUGUAUUGGUCAUAAUGAGGUUAUAGGGAUGUGUCGUGUCGGCAGUGAUGCUGACGGUCCAGGAAGAGAGCACUGGGCGUCCAUGCUGGUCAAUCCACGCAAACCCAUAGAGCACUGGCAUCAGCUUGUGGAGGAGAAAGCGAUUGGUACAUUCGUGUCAAAGAGCGCUACUACACCUUCCCCUAAGCCACACAUCAUUGUUGACAGUCCACACUCUGACUAGAACUGUCAUCACCAUCUCUCCAGCUCUGGAAUUUUCUUUUUUUUCCCUCAUCUGUGAAUAAUUCUGCCCAUCAAAGAAAGAGAGAGGCGCAGAGACACUGCUAGCUGCUGUUUGGCUCCUGCUAAUGAAUUCUCCACAUCCUGUGUUGUGUCUGCUAGGACAGGAGAAGAAAAAAAAACAUCAUCCACGAUCUACACUUUAAACAUCAGAUCAUUCAUUCUCCAACACAUCAGGACACAUUUGGUACAGUGGGCCAGAUGUUAAUGUGGGAGCAAGCACUCUCAUGCAUACACACACACACACAUGGUUGAUAGUAUGUGCGUAGUUGUGUGCCUCCGUUUAGUGUAGUAUUCAUCUAGACACAGUACAAAGUGACAUUUUUUCUCUUUUCACUUGAAGAAACAAAAAAAAAGAACGACAGCCAUCUUUGAAUGGUCAUUUAAACCAGGACCAAAGGUUCAUGCCCUUUUACAGACUAUAAAAGAAGAAAAUCACUAUGUCGAUAUUUUUCUUUGCAACAUUUGUGUACAGUGUAUGCAGUGACGUAAAAGGAAACGAUUAAUUUCACAUACAGUGCAGUAUAGACACGGCAUCCAUGGAGAAUUCUCGCAGCCAUUUUGGAUGCCUUCUCCCUGCUCCUCUGGUUUUGGACUCAUCUCACUUAUUUCCCCCAGAGGCAAAACGGACGAGGCAUCCACUGGUCUUUACUGAUGUCACAAGAGUGAAAUAUGAGAACAAACUCAGUCAUCUAAGCAUGUUACACAACCAUAAAAUUGUGUCCUAUUUUCCCCCAUGAUUUUUUGCCUCAGACCUCCUCCAUACUCGGGUUUUGUUCUUUGAUGAGCCAUAGAGUAUGCAUUCAAGCCCAUCUGUUUUUUUUCCUGCCAUCCACUGAAGAUAAGAUGCUACGAGCAGGACCCGGACUGUUUGUUUUGGACAAAGUGAAAAAAGAAACUUUUCCCUAAUGAUGGGACUACACAGUUUUAAUACAGCCUGUGUUUGGGAUUGGACCAGCGUCUGUUAAAAGUGCACUCAUUGGAGGAUUUCUCAGAAGACAGGAUAUCAACACUUUUUUAUACCAUCCAAGGUCGUUUCCUUUCCUUCAACCGCAGACCCUUCACAGAUCCACAUCAUUUCUCUGACAAGACUUAAGAAGGACACACACACCUGUGUUGCUUUUGUUAGUGUGUUUUCUGUGUUUGUUUGUUUGUUUGUGUGUGUGUGUUUGUUUUGUAUUCGUGUGCGUGUGUGAUUUUGUGUAUGCGCGUGUGUAUGUGUGUGUGUGUGUGUGUGUGUGUCAGUGUUAUACUGUGCUCACCACUCUCCCCCCGGCCUUUUUCUCUCCUCCACUCUCCUGACAUCCACAGACUGAGAAGUGCCGUGUCUCGUGUGUCUUUACCAUGGAUGUAAUCUGUGCGUGUGUGUGUCCAUAGGAAUGUGUUUGUGUGUGUUUACUUUACGUGCCUCAUUGCACUAUGUUGAAACACUGUCUUUCAUAGACAUUAGUUUGUACGAUCUACUGUGUGUCGUCUCUGAAAUCAGCC